GAGAGUGAGAGAAGUAACAUGGAAGAUAUAGAUGAGGAGGGGGAUGAGGAGCUUUUGAAUCUCAGCCUUGCCAUUGUUACAAACUCAGCCCAUGAAAGAAUGAAAAAGAGAAAGAGAAGAGAUAAUAUUGAUAAUAGCGAUCUCAGUUCAUCAACAUAUGAAAGUAGUGACGGGAAGAUAUUCAGGCUACUGCAGAUGAGGGAACAAAUGCUAAAACUAGACCACAAGAAGAAAAGAGGAGGAAGAGGAGGUAACAACUGCUACAAUGAUAAUAACAUCUAUGAUCCUGUUGGUGAUGAAGAUGGUAAGGGCCUCCAAGUAAUCCGCAUGUUGCUCAUAACAGCCACUGCCGUUAAUGAAAACAAUGUGAGCUCAGCUCUGGAGAAUCUUGCAGAGUUAUACAAAAGUGUUUCCUUGUGCGGCGACUCAGUGCAACGAGUUGUGGCUUACUUUGCAGAUGUCUUGGCAGCGAGGCUUCUCACCCGAGAAUCGCCAUUCUACGACAUGAUUUCCAAAGAGCCAACGUAUGAAGAGGAGUUUGUAGCCUUUACUGCUCUAUACAAGGUUUCCCCCUACUACCAGUUUGCUCAUUUUACAGCCAACCAGGCCAUAAUUGAGGCAUUUGAGAAAGAGGAAGACAAGAACAACCGUUCCUUGCAUGUAAUCGACUUUGACGUUUCCUAUGGUUUUCAGUGGCCUUCACUAAUACAAUCUCUUUCCGAAAAGGGAAGCAGUGGUAGUGAGAUAUCCCUCAAGAUUACGGGAUUUGGAAGAAGCUUAGAUGAACUGCGAGAGACGGAGAACAGAUUGCUUCAUUUUUCCAAGGGAUGUCGCAACCUCGUUUUUGAGUUCCAAGGGUUGUUGCAUGGUUCAAACCUCAUAAACUUGAGGAGGAAGCGAAAUGAAACCAUUGCGGUGAAUUUAGUUUUCCAUUUGAACAGCUUGAACAAUAAUAUGAAGAUAUCUGACUCAUUAAAGUCUGUACAUUUACUUAACCCUUCUAUUGUAAUGUUGGUUGAACAAGAAGGUAGCAGAAGCCCUCGAAGUUUCUUGUCGAGAUUCAUGGAGUCUUUGCAUUAUUUCGCAGCCAUGUUUGAUUCUUUAGAUGAUUGCUUGCCGCUAGAGAGCGCGGAGAGGCUGAACAUUGAGAAGAACCAUCUGGGGAAGGAGAUCAAAAGCAUGCUCAACUACGAAAAUAUUAAGGAGGAUCAUCGAAAAACCGAAAAGUCGACGGAGACAUGGAAGGCGAGGAUGGAGAGUCAUGGUUUUGAAGGAAUUAAUUUAAGCUCCAAGUCCAAAAUCCAAGCAAGACUACUCUUGAAGAUUAGAACCCAUUAUUCUCCCCUUCAGUUUGAAGAAGAGAGUAGUACUAGUACUGCAGCAGGCUUCAGGGUCUUUGAGAGAGAUGAUGGAAGGACACUUUCUUUAGGAUGGCAAGAUAGGUAUCUGCUUACAGUUUCUGCAUGGCACUGUCACUGUGUAUCAUAAUUAUAUACAUAUAGACAUACGUAUUCUCUCUCGUAUAGCAUAGCUAACA